UGUUGUUGCUCAUUAGAUCUUUGUAGUGACCCAUCUUUCUGCUAGUAACUUGGUGGUUCACAUGACAUUGCCUUCUCUAUGUAAAAUAAAACGGCUUUUUCUGGAAAUCACAUGUUUUAAAAACAAAAAAUCAUUUCAAAAUGAACAAAAUUUAAAAAAUACAGUCAAUACAUCGUUACUCUUUCUUCCAAAACAUGAUUUUGUCUUACCCUGAUUUACUAUAGUAAGCCUAUUAUAUGUGUUUAUAUUUUAGACUUGCUUGGAUGGUUCUCGCAGGAAUUUGCAUACAUGCGUCACUCACCCGUGUGUGUUUUCCUAGGAAGUGUGUGUCACGUUUGGCACAGAGACAAGAAGACUCGGUCUAUAAAGCAUUUGAUCCAACUACAGCUGUCAGCGCGCGCUGUGGGCAAGACUGGAGACAUGCGUUCGUGUGUUCGUGGGAUCCUGUGCUUGACAUCUCUUACAGCUGUGUUGUGUAGUUUGCAUCCCGAGUGUGAAUAUAUUUUUCAGUUGGCAAGAGAUGAACAGCGGUGUCUGCGAGAGAUCACAGAACUUGGGAACCUCAGCAGUUUCUCAGGUUGCCUGCCAGUAUGGGACUCUGUAUUGUGCUGGCCCAGAGCUGCAGUGGGUGAGACCGUCCACUCACCCUGUCCGGCUGUUUUCUCUCUCUUCAACAACAACACUGGUAUAGUGAGUCGUAACUGCAGCGCUGGAGGCUGGUCACGGCCGUUUCCUCCUUACCAUGAGGCCUGCAGUGUUGAGGACGACAUCCCAGAGGAGUCGUAUUUUGCCACUGUGAAACUGAUCUACACUGUUGGUUAUGGAGUGUCACUGCUCUCUCUCUCUGUUGCUGUGGUAAUAUUGCUGCUCUUCAGGCGAUUACACUGUGCUCGAAACUACAUCCACAUGCAGCUGUUUUUCACCUUCAUCCUAAAAUCUGUGGCUGUUUUUAUCAAAGAUGCUACGCUGUUCUCCAGUGACGACACGGAUCACUGCACACUCUCUACAGCAGCCUGUAAGGCGUCUGUGGUGUUUUGUCAUUAUUGCAUCAUGACUAAUUUCUUCUGGCUGCUGGUUGAAGCCGUGUAUCUGAACUCGCUGCUGGUCUCUGCCUUCCCGCGCAGCCGCCGCUGUCUGUGGAGUUUCGCUCUGCUGGGCUGGGGUGUUCCGCUGGUCUGCAUCAUCCUCUGGAUCUGCUCCAGGGUGUAUUUUGAGGACACAGAGUGCUGGGACAUAAAUGAAGAUUCUCCUUAUUGGUGGAUCAUCAAGGGUCCCAUUGUAGUAUCCAUAGGGGUGAACUUCCUUCUCUUCAUGAACAUUAUCAGGAUUCUGGUGCAGAAACUGAACCCUCGCUUGAUCCAGUUCAACAAUUCAGCUCAGUACAGGCGACUGACCAAGUCCACCCUCCUCCUCAUCCCUCUCUUUGGCACUCAUUACAUGGUCUUCAGCUUUCUCCCAGACUACUUCAACGUGAGCCUGCGGCUUUGCAUCGAGCUGUGUCUGGGCUCCUUCCAGGGUCUUAUUGUGGCAGUUCUGUACUGUUUCCUGAACCAGGAGGUUCAGAAUGAAAUACGCUCACGAUGGAUUCGAUAUCAAGAUGGGAGUUACGCUGUCGUCCCUGUUGGAGCCAAAGGAAGUCAGAUGGACACUCCUUUCUAGAGUCACUCAAACUCAUCAGUCUGUAAAUUGUAUUGCUUGGUUUAUAUGACAACAAAUGACUUAAAGUGAGACCAUCCCCAUUAACUUGCAACAGUGACACCAAACGUAUUCUGACAGCUGUAAUAGUGGCUUAAGUGUUUAAAUAUUUCACAUUUGGGCUGCAAGAUAUCUGUGAGAAAUUAGAGAAAUUUAUAUGUUCAAAAAAAUGUGACUGCUGUCAAAUUGCAGUGGCCAAACGUGAUGUCUGGUCUAGGAUAAUUGACAUCAUCCUUUAUUUAAAUAUUAUUAAACAUUUGUUAAAGAUUUGUAAGAAUAUUGCGUAGUUGUGCUUGGAGUCAAUUGUGUUGUUUGUGACAAUGCAAUGGAACAUGCCAAAUUAUUCUGACAUAAGUUUUGGACUGGCUGUCAUCCAAAGAAAAUAUGAAUAAUCCAGAACCAACAAAAUAUUAAUAACUGAUUAUGUUGUCAAUGUAUGUUUUUUUCCUGUGAGCUUUUUGUUUAUCUAUGCAUUUCUUUACAUAGUAAAAUAACAUGUAGCUGUAUUUGCUUUCUUUGCCAAAUCAUUUUGUCAGAUGCGUCCCUCAUAUUUAAAAUAUUUUUCUCAUAUUUUGAUGGUUUAAUCGAACUUGUAGGGUCAUUAAAAACAAAUAUGCCCUCUGGACAUGACUUUUGGCCACAACUCUGUAUGUUUGUAUAUAUGUAUUUAACAUUUCUUUAUGUAUUUAACAUUUGUAAAGAGAAAUUUAAAGAUUAAUAAAUUCAUGGAUUUCUGAGAGAGAUAUGCGGUAA